AAGGCGCCAACCAUUCUAAUAUCUCCCGCCUCUCUCUUCAACAUUCUCUUUAUUUCUUCGCCAUUUCCCUCUACCACUCAAUCCCUCCACUUUCCCACCUAUCUCUCCCCCCCUCUCUCUAAAAUCUCUAAAAUCCAAAUCCUAGACGAAAUGCACGGACACCAGCCCCAUCCGGUCACUCCAGGCGGAGCCAGAUAUCUCUCCGAUGAUUUCUUUUCUAAAAAAGGAAAGCGACGCGGCAACUACAACUGUGGCCGAUGUGGUCUUCCGAAGAAAGGCCACGUCUGUCACCUACCACCGCUAUCAACCACCGAUUCAAACUCAGCGGCUGUAACUCCGACCGAUUCUGCAACCUCAUCCGCCACCCCCACUAUUCCGGCUUCACCUCUGCUAUCUGCUGUUCGCCCGCAUCGGCGCCAGCAGCGGUGCUCUAAGCUUCGACGAGCUUUGUCGUUUGACAAUAUCGUUGUUCACGAUUUACCGGAGUCGGACGACGAGGGAGGGGAGGAGUGCCUUUCGCCGGAUGUGGAGUUGGAUGUUGGAUCUGGUGAGUUGCCGGUGAAUUGCUUGUGGGAGGUGUUGCGGAGGUUGCCGCCGCCGUCGUUGCUAUCGGCGGCAAAAGUGUGUAAGGGAUGGCUGGAUGUUUCUAGACGGCUUUGGAAAGCUGCCGAAGAGCUUCGACUUAAAGUCCCCGCUAAGACUCAAGUUGGAUGCGUGGGAUCGGUUUUACAGAAAUGUCCGGCUCUUGUUAGAUUAUCACUUACGAUGGAAAGUGACAUGGAUUCAACUAUGUUGGCCUGCAUUGCUUUUUCCUGUCCGAAUCUGGAAUCUCUGGAGAUCUUCACGUGUGAAGGCUCAUUCAAUCGCAUUACUGGGGACGAUUUGGGUCGUUUUGUUGCUGAUAAGCGUUGUCUGAAAAGUCUUAAGAUGGAAGGGUGUUCUAACCUUGCAAGCUUUGUUCUCUGCUCCACCACUCUCUCCACUCUUUGGCUUUCAGAUCUUCAUUCCCUUUCAAAAAUGGUUUUCAAUCUUCCCAAUUUAAACGAGAUAUCCCUUGAUUUCUCCUGCCAAGAGAAAGAUACGACUGAUCUUACUACCAUGAUGGAUGGGCUUGGAAGAAGCUGCCCUAAAUUACAAAACAUUCACAUUGCUUCCCUUAAACUUUCCCAUUCCGUUGUCCUUUCUCUCACUGCUGCAAAUUUAAGGUGCUUGCGUAUGUUAUCAUUUGUUCUUGGAUCAGAAAUAACCGAUGCAUCUGUUGUAGCAAUUUCUAAAUCAUACUCAAACCUAGAAUUGCUUGACCUGAGUGGGUCUAGCAUAAGUGACAGUGGUAUUGGGAUGAUAUGCAAUGUAUUUCCUGAAACCCUAACAAGACUGCUUGUUGCUCUAUGCCCUAACAUCACAUCAAGUGGUAUCCAGUUUGCCACAGCCCAGUUGCCACUUUUGGAACUGAUGGAUUGUGGGAUGACAAUAUGUGAUUCAGAGUCAGACACACAACAUUCAAACAAUGAUACAAACUCAAAAAUAUCACCAAACAGCAAAUUGCAUCUUUUAUAUCAGAAGUUAUUUAUAAAACAUGCCCGUUUGAAAAAGCUCAGCCUUUGGGGUUGUUCUAGUCUUGAUUCCUUGUAUCUAAGCUGCCCUAAUCUCAAUGAUCUAAACCUGAACUCAUGUAAAAAUCUGAAUCCAGAAAAAUUAGUACUGCAAUGCCCUAAACUGGAAAGUGUGCAUGCUAUUGGUUGUGAAGAUGUAUUAAUCGAAGCAGUUCAAACUCAGGUUUCCAGUGAUUCUGCUCCUGUAGAAGACCGAUUUUCUCGCAAGAGAAUGGCUGAUGGUUCCAAGAGAGUUAGAAUUCCAUUUUCCUUUAGCCAACAGUUAUUGGAUGAUGAGAAAAUAAGUUGUAAGGUUCAAAAGAGAAGGUGCAGGGUGAGGGUGGUUGUGGAGUAAUAAAAUUAUAUUGGUGUAGAAGCUGUUAUAAAAUAUAAACUAUGUGCAGUAGAUUAUUCAUUCUGUUGUCCAAAUCAAUCUGUAAUGAAGUUAAGUUGCUAGUUUACAGGCUUAAACAAACUUUAUAUUUUUAUUAUGGUAUCUUAAUGUCAUUGCAAUAAAAAUGCCAU